AUGUCUGUCCCAUCUGCGAGAUUGUUGAUGUCAACGAAGGGUUUGAAUCCAUCUCGUUUGAGCAAAGUUGCUUCGAUUUUGGCUAGAUGUUCUCCUUCAAUCCCAAAGAGAGUUGGUUAUUCGAAAAGAUUUGUUUCUAGUGCUAACGGUGUUGGAUCUACUGGGACUAGAUCUACGGUUAUUCAAUUAUUGAACAAUAUUGGAUCGAAAAGAGAAGUAGAACAAUAUUUGAAGUACUUCACUUCGGUUUCGCAACAGCAAUUUGCUGUUAUUAAAGUCGGUGGUGCUAUUAUCAGUGAUAACUUGCAGGAAUUGGCAUCGUGCCUUGCAUUUUUGUAUCACGUUGGGUUGUACCCAAUCGUCUUGCAUGGUACUGGUCCUCAAGUGAACGGUAGAUUGGAAGCCCAAGGUAUCGAACCUGAUUAUAUUGAUGGUAUUAGAAUUACCGAUGAUCAUACCAUGGCUGUUGUUAGACAGUGUUUCUUGGAACAGAAUUUGAAAUUAGUUACUGCUUUGGAACAACUUGGUGUUCGUGCUAGACCAAUUACUUCUGGUGUUUUCACCGCUGAAUAUUUGGAUAAGGAUAAGUAUAAAUUAGUAGGUGACAUCACCUCUGUAGCUAGAGAUCCAAUUGAAGCUUCAAUCAAGGCUGGUGUCUUACCAAUUUUGACUUCGUUGGCCGAAACUCCUUCUGGUCAAAUGUUGAAUGUCAAUGCUGAUGUCGCUGCUGGUGAACUUGCUAGAGUCUUUGAACCUCUAAAAAUUGUUUACUUGAAUGAGAAGGGCGGUAUCAUUAACGGUAGCACCGGUGAGAAGGUUUCAGUGAUUAACUUAGAUGAAGAAUACGAUGAAUUGAUGAAGCAAAGUUGGGUCAAGUUCGGAACUAAGUUGAAAAUCAAAGAAAUUAAAGAUUUGUUGGACUUCUUGCCAAGAUCUUCGUCCGUGGCCAUCAUCAAUGUUCAAGAUUUGCAAAAAGAAUUGUUCACCGAUUCUGGUGCAGGUACUUUGAUUAGAAGAGGCUACAAGUUAAUUCGAAGAUCUACUUUACAGGAAUUCCCAUCCUCUGACGCUUUGAGAGAUAUCUUACAAAGUGACCCAGACAUCCAAUCCGGUGCUCAAUCAGUUGCUUCUUAUUUGAGAGACUUGAACGAAUCAGAUUUCACUUCUUACGCUGAUGAACCACUAGAUGUUCUUGCCAUUGUCAAGAAAGAUUCUGUGGUGGCAAAACUAGAUAAAUUCCUAUGUUCCCAGACCGGCUGGUUGAAUAACGUCACCGAUAACGUUUUCAAAGCUUUGAAACGUGACUUCCCUGCCCUACAAUGGGUGAUCAAUGAAGAUGAUGCGAACAUCGCUUGGCAUUUCAACAAAUCUGAUGGUUCCUAUUUGAAGAACGGUAAGGUUCUAUUCUGGUAUGGUGUCAAAGAUUUGAACACUGUAUCCGAAUUAAUAUCCGAGUUCAUUAAGACCUCCCCUGAAAGCGGUACCGCUCCAUCCUUCUCUGGUUCCUCCAGUGGUGUAUUUUCCAGUGGUCAAUCAUCCAGAUCUUACUCCACUAGGGCCAGAUCUGCUCCUAAAGUAGAAGGCACUAACAAGAGCCCUGCUAAAGUUGCUUUGAUUGGUGCCAGAGGUUACACAGGUCAAAAUCUUAUUUCAUUGAUAGACUCACAUCCAUUUUUGGAAUUAUCUCACGUCUCCUCUCGUCAAAACGCUGGUAAGAAGUUGGAAGGAUAUAACAAGUCUGAGAUUAUUUAUUCGAAUCUACAAAUUGAUGACAUAAAGAAACUAGAAAGUGAAGGUGCUGUCGAUGUGUGGGUCAUGGCGUUGCCAAACAAAGUGUGCGAACCAUUCGUUGAGGCCAUUGAGUCGGUUGCCAACGGUAAAUCCAAAAUUGUCGAUCUAUCCGCUGAUCAUAGAUUUGUCCCGGAGACGGAAUGGAGCUACGGAUUACCAGAGUUAAACAACAGAGAAGCAAUUGCCAAUGCUAAAAAGAUUGCUAACCCCGGUUGUUACGCCACCGGUGCCCAAGUAGCGAUUGCUCCUCUAUCGGAAUACAUCACAGGAUUACCCACAGUCUUUGGUGUUUCUGGUUAUUCUGGUGCUGGUACUACACCAUCUCCAAAGAAUGAUCCAAAAUUCUUGAACAACAAUCUAAUUCCUUACUCCUUAACAAACCAUAUCCAUGAGCGUGAAAUUUCAACUCGUUUGGGUUUGGAAGUCGCAUUUGUUCCUCAUGUUGCCCAAUGGUUCCAAGGUAUUUCUCAUACUAUUUCUAUUCCUAUUAAGAAGAACUCACUAUCUUCAGAACAAAUUAAGGCCUUGUACACCGAAUUCUACGCUAACGAAAAGUUGGUACAUGUUGCCGAUGAUAUUCCGUUAGUUAAGGACGUUUCUGGUACUCACGGAGUAGUUGUUGGUGGUUUCAAGGUAAAUGAUGCAAAAGACCGUGUCGUAGUCUGUGCUACUAUUGACAACUUAUUGAAGGGUGCUGCCACUCAAUGCUUACAGAACAUCAACCUGGCCUUGAGUUACGGUGAAUACGACGGUAUUCCAGACAAUAAGAUUAUUCAAUAA